AUGGCGGCCUUCCUCCGCAGCAAGCAGGCGGGCAUGCAGAAUGACCUAUCAGCGAGCAUCAGACCCGAACUCUUCAUGCCCGAUGAUCAGGCUCGUUAUGGCAUCAACUCUCAAAUCAGCUGUUACGCAUACGACCCAGUCCAAUCCCUCCUCGCCAUUGGAACCGGUGAAAGCAAGUUCGGCCCCGGCAAGGUCUACAUCUUCGGACAGCGACGUGUGCACAAGAUACUCGAGCCCCCCCGAUCCACAUCAUUCCAGAUCGUGCAAUUCUCGUCCAACCGCCUUGUCACUGUCGACGCGAAAAACGAGCUGGGAAUAUGGGACAUCGAUACCGGCGAGCGCGUCGCCGCCAUGGUUGUCGCUGGCCAGGUCGUCUCCUUGGUCACUGAUCCUAUGCUUGAUUGGGCCUUUAUCGGCCUGUACAACGGAGACAUCAUGGCCUUUGACUUGGACAGAGGAAACUUGGCGCGCGCAUUCAGACUACCCAAUUUCUGGAAGGAAAGGAACCCCGGCGCAGCCACUUCCAACCUUAUAACCAUGUCACUCCACCCGAGAGAUGUUGGCAAGCUCCUGCUGGGUUACACCCAUGGUGCUGUCGUCUACUCGUUUAAGCAAGCCAAGGCUGUCAACUAUUACGAGUACGUUGUUCCUGCAGGCGCCCCGGGAGGCAAUGGUGUAGCUGUUGAGACUGUCCGAAAGCCACGACUUACACAUGCGCUGUGGCAUCCAUCCGGCACGUUUGUCCUCACCGUCCAUGACGAUGGAAGCUUGGUCUUUUGGGACCCAAAGGCCGAAAAGGUCGUCAUGGCGAGGACCUUGACCGACUUUGAUGUUGACCAGCCCUCAUCCGCCACAUCCGUGCCAGCUCUGUCUGAGCCCAUUACUAAAAUUGCAUGGUGCUGCAAGGAAAACUGCGACGAUAGCGGUCUGCUAAUUGCGGGUGGGCAACGCAUGGAUGCAUCGCUCAAAGGUCUCACAUUUGUUGAUCUAGGACAAACACCUGUUUAUGCGACAUCGACAUGGCAAAUCCUCGCAACUUACUGUCGUGGAAAGCGACAGUCUCUUCUCCAACUCCCCUCUGGUGCCCAAGCCAUCAAUUUCCUCCUCAUUCCACGGUUCUCUCCUCAUUUCGGCGGCGCACAGGAUCCAAUCGCCGUCCUCGCGCUUCUGUCCUCAGGAGAACUCAUCACCUUGAGUUUCCCUUCCGGCUACCCAAUUAGUCCCACCAAUCAGCUUCAUCCGUCUGUUUCUUUUGUUCAUCCAUUCGUAACCAAGGUCAAUGUCUCUGCUUUAGAACGCCCUCGAUGGCUGUCCAUGUUCGAGAAGCGUAACCAAGGUGAACCGCUUCUCAAGGGAGGCGCCGAAGCACCGCGACCUCGAAAGAGAUUUGAAGAACGAACCAUCAUCCAAGCUGCCCAUGCCGAUAGCACCAUCAGAAUUUGGGAUUCUGGACAUGCCGACGAAAUCGAGAAUGGAACUCAGCUCCAAGUCGAUGUCGCCCGAGCACUCGAUCGAUAUGAAGACGUCGAGAUCACUUGCAUGAACAUGGCUACCAGCACAGGGGAGUUCGUUGUUGGAACACGCACAGGAGAAGCCAUUGUUUACCGCUGGGGACAGAACCGUUUCUUUGGCAAAGAUACCAUGCCGGAACUCGACCCCAAUCCCAAGGGGCUUACGGAUAUCAGCUCACGAGCUGAACCAGGACUGAAGGAAGGCCUACAACCGCUUGUUCUCUACGAGAUGAUGAUGGGGCCCAUUACUGCUGUGCAGGUGUCAAAUGUUGGCUUUGUCGCCGUGGGCUCAGAGCUUGGAUUCCUCACCUUGAUUGAUCUUCGAGGGCCCUCGAUCAUUUUCCAGGCACCCAUGACAGACUUUGCCAAGCAGGAUAAGAGAGCUUCCUUUUUGAAGGGCCACAGUUCUGCAGAGCCGCCGAAGGAGUGGCCAGUCGUGAUUGAGUUCAGUGUCAUGACUUUGGACGAGGAUAAAUACUCAAGUAUUUGCUGCUUUGUGGGAACAAACUUGGGCAAAGUCAUCACCCUCAAAAUUCUGCCAAGUCAGGACGGCACAUAUUCUGCGCAACCCGCAGGUGUCGUAGCAUUCGAUGGAAAGAUUAUCUCGCUAAGCCCAAUUGAAGCUGAUACAGGCAAGCCUGCCCUUGCCACCGGUCCGAUCGUGGCAGGCCUAAGAGAAGGACGCCAGGUCAACGGUGUACUCGUCGCAGUCACACAAACGGAAAUCCGAAUCUUCAAACCCGCCAAUUCCAAGGGCGCAUCGAAAGAGUUUGAUGACAUCCUAUGUGAUGCUGCUUGCGUGGCGGAAACUGAACUACAGGGCUUCGCUGUAGUUGGUUUGUUCGGCGAUCGAACUGCUCGAGCUUUCUCGAUCCCCGCUCUCAAGGACAUCGGAAAGGCCGAUCUUCCUAUGAUAGACGUGACGAGGACCACCAACUCCACUGUAACACAAACUGGUGAUAUCUUCGCUUGGUCAGGACCCAGCGAGUUGGCCGUCAUACAUGUUUGGGGAGCAGGAAAGGGGCCGCAGCAAUCUCCGGAUACUAUGAUCAACCCCAAGCUUGAGUGCCCACCUCGUCCAACUAUUUCAAAUAUGCAAUGGAUCUCGGGUAGCCAGCAUAUCACUCCUGCUGAUCUCGACCUUCUCGUCGGUGGACCAGAUAGGCCACCCAGCAAGCGAAUGAUGGACGCAGCAGCUGCCGAGCAACGUGCGGCUCGAGCAGGCGAACCGGCUCCAGCUGCCGGUUCAGGCAGCCAGGAAGGAUGGGGAGAUUAUCUAACACGGCAGCUUAACGAAAGAACGGAAAAGUUGAACAUGAUGGGCGACAACAUGGAAAAUCUGCAGAACAACAGUGCUGGGUGGGCAGAUGAUGUGAACAAAUACUUGAACAAGCAAAAGAAGAAUGUUAUACUGGGAGGUCUGAAGAGCAAGUUUUUCUAA